AUAUUAUAAAGCUUUGCGCCCUUCCUGCACGGGAGGGAGCCUUCUGGAUGUACGCGCGCCAUUCGGACGCUCUUUGCACGCCCCCUGCAAAAAAAACGCACGCAUUCACUCACUGACUUAAGUCGUCCGAACACGUCCUCUACCGCGGCCGCCAACAACUCCUUCUUCUUCAUUUUUGGGGGCUCCCUCUUUUCGGAUACUAAUUUUGACGUGUUGGAUAUGUGCACACAAGAUGAUGACAACCCCUUUCCUGCCCGUAGAAGUAAAAUAAAAUAGGCUUUCGCGCACUCGAGCUUGUCCCCUGUCGUUCCAUAUGAAGAAGCCAAAAAUUCGGAUACGCGUCUGUGUCCAUGUACUGCUGCUGAUCACGCUCGGGGUGCAUUCAAGUAAAUUUGACGUCAACCCUGUGACAGAUGACGUGUCGAGACUCUCGAUUUUGAAACAUAAUAUUCCCAAAGACUACAAAAUUCCUGUACAUUACGUUCCGAAAGAAGAGGGUGGGAUGUGCUGGGUAAAGCUCAACGUUUUCUACCUGGAGGAGAGUUUACAAGACUUAGCGCACAAGUUUGGCAACAUUUCGUCGAACAGAAAAGAUAUUAGCAUAUUUAUACAAAUGCUCCAAGAGCUACGGCUCAACAUGGGUUCUGUGGAAUCGGUCAUGUACGACUUUGAGUGCCACUACCGUGGGGAGCGGUGGCCCACCGAGCAAUACUUUGAGUUUGUGUCCGACUUCCUGGCCAGCGCGCAGCACAGGGACGACUCGGACGACUGCGAGCCUCCCCCCUGCCCCACCACGCCCUACACGCAAACAGAACAAUAUUUAGAAGGCUUGCCGUCGUCCAGCAGUAAAAUCUCAGAGUGUGCUGCAUCCAGAGACUGCCAAAUAGAGCAAGAAGCGCGUCUGCUUCCGAAGGUUGUGGAGCGAAGUCUUCUGUCUUUACUCUUCAUUCCCUUCCUGGCUCUCAUCCUGCUGCUCGUAUGGAAGCAGCUCAGAUCACGACGGAACAGCCGAGAUCUUCCGCUGAGUCCCGGAGAAGGCGUUCUCUUCACGGGAACAAUAGGGCGCGCACCUCCGCUAGAGUCCCCAAUUACAGAAACUAACAAUUUGAACAUGAUUGAAACUGUGUGAUGAACCCUAGAACUAUUUCAGCCGGUGAUGAAAGCCACAUUCCAUAUGGGGGUACACCACAGAGGCAAUUCAAAGAAACAAACAAAAGAACUGCUUCCUCUCUCUACUGCGUCGCCCGCCAGCAACCAUCGUUUCGUCCGCUCUCACCAACCACCCUCGACCCUUCUACUGUAUGGAUACGCUUUUCCUUUUCGCUUUAAGACUGGGUUCAUUCAUUGAGGAGUACGAAAAACAAUAAGAGAAAAAAAAAAGAUGUUCGUUUUUAGAAGCGGCCCCCCCACCACCACCACCCUCGAGUAUUUCGUCUCUUGGACUUGAUGGCAUCCUCACAAACUUUAAGCAAAGAAGAAGAGAAUGUCGGAUUGUGACAAUGCUGAUUAUGUUUUUUCCCCCCUCCUGCUACCUCCACUCACUGGAUAUCCCGCACUCCUCCUCACCAUUCACCUCGCCCAUCAUCUCCAUUUUAGUCUUCUGGUGGGGCUCGUGCACUCCAUUUAUUUAUUGUUACACUCCAGGAGCACAUUUGCAAAUGCGGGGGGGUCUUUUUAAAUUAUCCGUCAUAGGAAAUCAUGCAAAUCAUCUUAUCUAGAUUAUUAUUUGUUAAAACUUUCUUACUCGUCAUACAAGUGCAAAAGGAAGACAACGGCUUUUCAUACUUAAAAAAAAAUGCCAAAAAAAACAAUUCCCAUAGGAAAUAAUGUCAAUUAUCUCGACUGUAGCCAUUGUUAAAGCUUUGCUAAUUGUUCAACAACAUUUUAAGUGACAUUAUUCGCUGUCAUUGAAGUGGCACCGUGAGUGUGGCUGCUAUGCUGAAAAAAAAAAAAAUUCUUGUCUUCUAUUUACUCAGUUUUAUUUUGUCAAGUCGUACACAAUAUAAUCAUCAGGAUUUAGAUACAUUUCAGAAGUAGAUCUAUCGUCUACUUCAAAAAAUGGAUCAUAAGGAUCUGGAUCCAGAUGUUAUUUUGUGCGGCCACUUGAUGAAAUAACAUUGACUAAUUUCAACGCAACCUUUUUUUUCGUCAGUGUACUGCUGUCCCUUUUUUUUUUUUUUUUUUACUCUCAUACAACUUGGAAUCUUCACUUACAGGUUCUUUCCUUCUUUGUUUGACCUUUCAUGCUCACUGAACUACAGCCUCAGCUUUGGUGGUUCCACUGUAUUCAAACACAUGCUAGCUACGAUACUAAUUAAGUAAGGUGACGUAAUGUGCAAAACAGAGCCAUGAAUGCUCAUUAGCACUUUUAGCCUAGCAUAGCCUAAAGACAUGCCUGUAAAAAAAGUCAUGUGCUCUCCUCUCUUUUGUCCUUACUGUCUCAAAUCAAAUCUGAUUCACGUCAUAGCAAACGAAAAGCUAUGCCAAUUAGCGUCAUGGAGGCUAACUCUAUAAAACGUCCACUCGGGGAGGCUGCUUUGCGGCGAACAAAAAGCAGACGUAUUCACCCGGCCGUCCAAUUUCUUCUGCUUUUACGCAUGUCUUUGAUGUGCCUGAAGCUAACUGCGCUAAAGCUACAAGCAGGAGUCAUCAUCAGGAAUACACGUGCACGUUUUACAGAUGCUACCUUCAAAACUUUUUUUUUUUGUAGAUGAUUACUGGCCUCAAAAUGUAAUUGAUGCAACAAAAUUUUACUUAAUAAAAUAUAUACAUUUUGCUUAGAGUGGGUCAUUUUAACAAAACUAUUUAAAAAAAAAUCACGUGUUAAAUAUUACCGUAUUUUCACGACCAUUCGCCGCACCGUACGGUUGGGCGCAGUCUCAUUAAUGGGUGCUAUUUCUGUAUUUUACACAUAGACAAAACGCACUGUAUGAUUGGCCGCAGUUUUAAAGUGGUAAAACAUACGCCAGCUUAUAAACAUACGGCAUGUAUGCGCGCACGCUAAAAACACGUUAGCUUGAAGCAUACGGUAGCAGGCCAAGACAUACAGAUACAAGCUAAAAACACGUUUUUAAAAAGGCAACGACAGCAGAACUGAGUUCGGGUGUAUUUUAUUUAGCCAUCGUACACUGUUCUCACGUUUUCGAUCGAUCAUCACCCAGAAAUCCAUCAAAGUUCUCAUCCUCUGUAUCAGAAGCAGAGGACUGCACAUCCCAGUUGUCAUUGAACGUAUCACAUGCUAAAGUGUGAGUUGCUGCGCAUUGCCGAGCGGAAAGAAGGAGCAGCAACAGCAAAGUCAACAUUUCUCUCGUGUGAAGCUUUCCCACAUUUGAAAGUAAAGAACAGAGCGAAACAUGGUGGCAGCGCGUGUGUGUGUAGAAAGAAUUGAACACCGUACCGUAAUCCAUUAAAAACGCCGCGUUCCCUCUCUCUCCCCUUGAAGUUUGAACUGAGCUUCGUAGGCGUGUGUCUUUGUCGAAUUUAUUUUCGGGGGUUCUUAGAAACCAAAACCGAAGUUGUUUUGCAACAAAGCACAUUGCCACACUCUAUACAGGUGUUGGUACCUGCUUGCAGCGUCCCUUUAGCGUCCACUUACACGCCCACCCUUCACCCAUUGGCGGACUGCUCCCCAGCAUGCCUUUCCUCUCUCACGUCUGCCUUCUCUCGCUCUCUCUCUCUCUCUCUGUCUCUCUCUGUCUCUCUGUCUGUCUCUCUCUCUCUCUCUCUCUCUCUCCCCCUCUCUCCCUCUCUCCAUAUAUGUAUAUAUACACGCCGACCCUUCACUGAUUGGCCGACUUCUUCGCCACAUGCCUGUACACAGUCACUUCCGCCUUUUCUCUAUAUAAACAGCGUGUCGGCUGUCAGUCAGAUUUCGGAACUCAGCGCAUACAAAAGACGCUCUGCAUCAUAAGGCGUCCUGUCCAUUUUGGAGAAAAAUUAAGACUUUUAAUGGCGCCUUGUAGUCGUGAAAAUACGGUAAUUGGUAUCCCUAACUUGAGUUCGGAAAAAUAAAAUAAAUCAAUCAAUGGAAACAAGAAAAACUCUUUGACACGGACUACAAAGCAAUACUGAUUAUUUGUCUAAUCUGAGCAAAUUGUAAAUUUGACAUUACUAUUUAAUAUGUUUAGUGAGUUCAACUGUGUAAAUACAUCGGAAAAGAAUUAUCCCCCCCAAAAAAUAGCAAUAUGAAAUAUCAUUUUAAAAAGAAUAACCUAAAUGACAAACCUAAUUUCAAAUUGCUGCAUGAGAUUUUAUGUUCAAAUAGAAUUUUUUUGUAAAUAUGUUUCAAGCGCUCCAAGUCACCAAACCGUCAUUUGUAAGUGUCAUUACCUACCUAAUUGUUUUCCUUUAAAAUAUAUUUAAUAUAUAUAUAUAUAUAUAUUUUUUUUUUUUUUAAUCAUAAUGAUUUCACUCAAAACGUUCACGUUCGUCUCAGGUAUUGUCAAAGGGUCAAGUUGCCGUUUCAAUCAGGGUUUUAUGAUGGGAGUUGUGGUUUCUAAAAUAUUAUGGUAAUUCCUUUUCAUCACAAUCACUUUUCUUUCUUGCCGAUGGCAACAUCUGCAAUCCACACUGCAAACAAACGGAUCAAGUUCUCUUUGAGUGACUUUCAACAGAAGUCCCCUUGUGCCUUUUGUUUAAUUGGGCAGACGCCGAUCAUGUUCUGAACUCCUGUUUUCUGCCGCAUGACUGUGAUUAACCCUCUUGUUAUGUUCUUUGCGACACCAAAUAUGUUUGCGGGUCAACAAGACAGCCUGCAUAUGUUUAGCCAUCGGAAGAGACGAGCUAACCGAAAACGUGCAUCUUUAGACUGCGAUAAAAAUGGAACAAUUGAGAAAAUUGGGGAUCCUGAACGACUCGGGAUCCCACGGGGAGAGCUGGAAGAAGUAGCUAGGGAGAGGGAAGUCUGGGCUUCCCUGCUAAAGCUGUUGCCCCCGCGACCCGGCCCCGGAUAAGCGGUAGAUGAUGGAUGGAUGGAGAAAAUUUAAACGGGUCAAGUUGACCUAUAUCUCAUGUUUGACCGCGUGCAAAGCCAUAUUUGAAAUUUAACAGGUCAAUUUGACCCUCUACACAGUGAAGUGACCACGAACAAAGCCAGCAAAAGAAGCCUUUUUGACUUUCUUCUUUCAUAUCUCCACUUACUUUUACAAUGGGUCAAUUUGACCCCCAGCGAGUGCAUGAUUAGCUACCAUAUCUUCUUAACAAUCGAGAACGAGGCCAGCAGGAGAUAUUUCAUCUCCAAUUUUUUUAAUGAUUUCAUUUUGAGUCUUGAAUUGGGUCAAUCUUUUUUCUGUUUUUUUUUAAUUUGAAAGAACGAAGUAAAGAACAAGCCGUCAAUAGAACAUUUACCCUAUUUUUCACAUUUGAUGAAUGGAUGGGUGGGUCAUUUUGACCCUCUACAUAUGCAUGUUAAAAUAUAAAACACAAAAUGAUGGCAAACAUGGCCAGACCAAGAAAUCUUAUACUAAUGUUGAGUCGUAAACUUCAAUAAGGGUCAUUUUGACCCACGGCAUAACAGGAGGGCUAAUGAUGAAUUACUUCAACACAAUUGACAAAAAUGUCAAUGAACGGAUUCCUUGCACACCUUUGUAAUCCACCUUUGCUUGCUUUUUAAUGUGCAUUUGUCACCCAAAAAAGAAGCUCAUUUAUCCCGCACGGUUCCCGAGAUGCUACUGCUACAGUUCUGGCUUUUUUUUUUCUCUUGCCUCCCGGCGACAGAGCAAUGUUCCCCUCCGUCCCCCCUUCUCACAUGUUGACUCUUGACGAAAGCUGUGAAUGAAUGAAAACAAGGUGGUAGCGCCUACUGAAUGAUGUUGUUCAUACUGGUCCUGAACGCCAUUUAAAAAAAUAUAUAUAUGUAUGACACAGUGGGACAAUCAAAAUGUCCAGAUGGUAAAAUAAGUCUGGUGGGCCCACAGAAAAAGGCAGAUAUUGCUAUUCUUGUUAGUAUUAUUACGCUAAUUAUUAUUAGGGUGAUGAUGAAUGCCCAGCUGCUACUCUGGGUGAGAACUCUACUGUAUUCUGUAUUUUUUGUUUUGUAUAAAUGUAAACAAGCAUACAUACCAUAUGAAUAAAGUACAUAUAUCCUGA